AUGGUGGAUUCGCAAAGUCACUCCUUCGAGGAUGCCUCUUCCGCGGGCAGCUAUAACGUGCCAAUCAUAUCCCAGCUUCAUUCAGAGUCCUCCGAGGACACCGGGUCAGUCAGACGACUUCAACUUACCACUGUCAAUUUUCCAUUUUUCAUAUCACCUGCUAGCUCCCAGGCAUCACAGUCCUUUCCAAACGCAAAACUUUUUGAAGUCCCCCCAGGCUUGGAACACAAUUUAUCAGCAAAUACAGGGUCUCCGACGCGAAACCGUAGUAGGAUCAGGAGACCAUUGGCUGGAGAAACAUCACGAGCUGCCUUUCCUAGCCCGAGAUCUCCUGAUCGAUUUAUUCCCGCGCGCCACUUCGACAAUUCUCCAUCAACUCAAUAUCGGGUGAACAAGCACCCUCAGCAAUUGUCACCGCGAGAGCGACUUGUGCGAUGUCGUCUUCCCGGAGAAGACCCAUUUUUACCAUCUUCUCAAACACCGCGGUCACCAGCUCAAAUUCCAAGGCCUACUCGGUCUCCUCAAAGACCACUCUAUCGACCUCAUCUAAUCACCGACUUAACAGUCAUGGGGGGAAAUCGCCAGAACGACUUCCUAAGACAAGUCAGCUCCGGGGGAGUUUGGGCCGUAGGUGGAACAUCAGCAGUGCUUGGUACCUCGGCUCCAGUGAUGAAUGGUACGCCAAGUUCUUCGAGCAGACGCACCACUGCUCCGGCUUUUGUGGCCAGAUUCCUGCCAAAGAACACCAGAGCCGAGGAACAGAACAAGCACGAGUCAAGACUUGCAAUAGCUCUGGAUAUUGACCCUAUUACCAAAACUAUCGAUACUUCUGCAAUGCAUAUGGAAACAAGUCCGAGUCCUACAUCUCCAAACUAUGAGCGAUUCGCGCCUUUUGAGUGGAAGGAUUGUGCCUGGAAAAAGGGUGACAGGGAACAUUGGCCAACGAUUCUUCCUCAACGAGAAUCUGUUCCCCCGAAGCCUUUUCGAAUUCUGGAUGCUCCGUAUAUGCGAGACGACUUCUACUGCUCCACGCUAGCUUAUUCUUUCACGUCUGGCAUCUUGGCUGUUGGCCUGGCACAGUCUGUAUAUCUUUGGUCAGAAGGUUAUAUUGUGGACCGACCGCCAUUUGGUGAUUAUCCUCCAUCAAACUAUGUGACUUCCUUGUCCUUUUCAUCAGAAAACGGCGGCCGAAGUAUUCUUGCUGUUGGGCGUCAAUCAGGUCAACUGUCUCUUUGGGGCGUCUCAGAGACUAAGGUUCGCUUUGAAAUUACUCAUCCUCACAGUAUAUCAUGUGUUUCUUUCAAAUCGAAGACUUCACUGAGACCAUCGGAAGUUUUGCAAAACAUGGAAGUAGAUGCAGAACUUCUCGUUGUCGGGGAUGAAAUAGGUAACAUCUGGUACUACUCAGUUGAAUGGCCUGAGAUACAUACUCAAUGGAGUUGGACUGGCUGCAUGACGCUCCUGGCCAAGAUUUCCGCGCAUGGUCAGCAAGUUUGUGGCCUGGCCUGGUCCCCUGAUGAUCGAUUCCUUGCUUCUGGAGGCAAUGACAAUCAUUGUAUGUUGUUUGAUUUGCGCGAGAUUCUGCCAUCCCCGCCAGUCAACCGCGCAGGCUUUUCUCCUGCCUCUUCCAAUCUAACAGGCAAUUUGACUCUCCAUACAUUUCAACCUCUACCAUCGCCACCUGGCUUAAGGGAUAUUCCCAGCAGGCGACAGAUUGUUAGCCAUCUGCUCCCAUCAUUGGGACAGUCUCCUUCGAGGUCGACUGCACCAGCUCCCCUUUCAAGUCGGUUGGGGUGUCUCAUCUCCGGUAGCACAAAAACUGUUCUAAUCCCACACAACCGUCAGAAACACUGUCUCAUGCAUGCCGCAGCAGUAAAAGCAAUAGCAUUUGCACCUUGGCAGCCAUCAUUACUUGCAACAGGGGGAGGUACCAAUGAUCGAGCUAUCCACUUCUUCCACGCCAGGACCGGUGCUUGUCUAGCGACAAUCAAUGUGUUUGCUCAGGUGACUAGUCUGAUCUGGAGUCAAACCAGACGUGAAAUCGCGGCUACAUUUGGUUAUGCUUCACCCGAGCAUCCCUUUCGGAUUGCCGUCUUUGCCUGGCCCAGCUGUGCACAGGUUGCUGUGAUUCCUUGGGGACCUCAUGGAACCAGCUGGGAUGGCGAGGAUCAAGAUGUCAGCUAUGAUUGUGGACGAGCAUUAUAUGCCGUAAGCUACCCGGGUAGACCACCACGCCCUCUGAAUGCGCCUCUAGAAGAGCCUGAUAUUUUCUACACUACUAACUCACCUUCGCCCCCCAUUCACUUACCUUCGCCGCCCACUAACUUACCUUCGCCGCCCACUAACUUACCUUCGCCGCCCACUAACUUCUUCCGACAUCCUGGGCAGUCAAAUGGAGUGCGUGAAGUCAGGCGAGGGCCACGUGCGAUCCGCCCGAAAGAGAAAGAAGGUGGCAUGUGGUGCAAGCGAACGAUGGAAGAGGGGUGCAUUAUCGUGGCAUCGAGUGACCAGACCGUCAAAUUCCACGAAGUAUGGUCCGGUCGACGUAAAAACACCAGCUUUGCCUAUGGAAUAUUGGGCGGGAGUGAUAUCCUCGAGGGCAUGGAAGGCAUCGAGAAGUCCGGCAGUGAAGUCAUUCGCUAA